AUGAAACGCCUAAGAAUUCUUACAGGGAAAUGUGUUCCUUUCAACACCACAGUCAACAGAUGUGAGAUAAAAGGAUGGUGUCCUGCCGAAAUCGACACCAUCAAGACUACGCCAAUGAUGGAAGUUGAGAAUUUUACCAUUUUCAUUAAGAAUAGCAUCCGCUUCCCAACCUUCAACUACACCAAAGGAAACUUCCUUCCUACCAUCACUGAUGAUUACAUCAAAAAAUGUAACUUUGACAUGGUCAACAACACCUACUGCCCCAUCUUCAGAGUGGGAGAUGUCGUCCGCUACGCACAGCAGAACUUCACUAAACUGGUAGACAAGUUCCUCUGA